UAUAUUUCAACCUUACAACUUACCACGAUUAUCAACAGGUUUUGCCAGGAUCUCGCUCCACCGAUUCACUGCUCCGGUAUUAUUCUAGAUUGGACGCGUAGCAAAGACGUGUUUUCCAUCGCUUUAUUUUUAUUGAGCUAACUGACGUGAGACCUGAUAUACGCGUCUAAGUACAUUCACUGUAGAAAGUCACCGUGAAACUGAAUCGAGGUCGUUUCUUGGUCACGAUGUCGAAGCCUAACACAACCUAUGUGUUCACUUUUCCUCCUUUCCCCGUGACUCCUGAAGGGGUCUCUGUAACACCAUUCGUAGAUUUCCAACAGCGAGGUAUACAGAUUCAUCUUCUUGGAGACGAGGGUGAGGAGCUCGAUGGCAUCGGAAAUCCAACUGUGGCGUUAAACAUCAAACACAACACUGACACAUGCAAGACAGACGCGAAACCACGCACUGCAAAGGUAUACAAGGCUGCUGUGAAGAAGCUUGAUGGAACAAUGACUGUUAGGAAGAAGGAGUGGUGGGAAGAAUGGGAGGAAAUCGAUCGAAUUAGAGGCGUGAUUGGUUAUAAUCCGAAUGAAGCUCGAUCGGAUCGUUUUCACAAGGCUGUGGGCGAUUUUAAUCGUAACCGUCGUUGGCCACCAAUGACAACUCGUGUGCGUGAACAAUGGGAUCAGUUCCAACUUUUCGCCGGUCUUCUCACUUCUAUCCCGAUUUGGCAAAAGAAACGCGCCAAUAACCCUGACGAUGCAGAAACAUCUGAAUCCGAAUCUGAUGUAGAAAAUGACGACGAUGAGGACGGUUCUUCUAAACUUAGACACAUCGAAGUCCACAAAGUCGACACGUCAUUGAACUCCGAAUCUGAGGAUAAAUCUCUCAAUAGGCCCAAAUAUAAACGUCCCCGUCCUCGGGAACCAUACGGCAAAGGACCGAGCGACCUCGGUUGUCGACCAACAGUUGUGGAAAACGACGAACAAAUCAGAGAGCUUCUUUCUCGGGCCAAAGAGGAGAAGGAAGACAAGUUAGUCGCAUUUCUCAAUGACCCGGAGCGAGGGGUGAAGGUAUAUUUGUCCAGCUACUUCAGGCGCCAGGGAUUCCAUUAUACCGACAGGAACCUUUUCACACAUCCCAAGCUGAUCUGCAUCUUUCUCUCCUACAUAUUACGCCAUCAUGUUCUUCCAGAUAAAGAGGAGGAAGCCGCGAUUCGGAAGGCGAAAGAAGUCACAGAACUUGCUCUUCAAGAGCUUCCUCUCACCUCCAAGCUAGCCAAGGCUAUCCCUGAUGACUUCAACCGCGCCCUGAGCGUGUUCUUCGAGAUUAGGAAGGAGAGGAAUUUCUGGGCUAAUCCUGACGUCAUCGAUAGCGAGAAACAGGCCGAGGAUGCUAAGCAGACGCAGGAGUCGUCCAAGGAGAAACGAGAUCAGGUUACGAGGCCAGAACCUAAUGCAAAGCGAGUCAAGCUUGACACAGAAAACGAUGGAUAUCAUGAGGAAAAUGCCGAGUCAAGCUUCCUUAAAGAAGUAAUACGGGAAGGAAAACUCGAAAUCUUGGACGGUGCGACCAAAACUGGCCUCAGGGAUGCGGUUGCUACCGAGGGAGACGUUCAGAUGGUAGAUGUGAUUCAGGAAAAGGGAGCAGCGGGAUCUACAUUGCACAGUUCUUCCUGGGGUACUUCAGAUUCUGGCGGCUGGGGUGACGCCGCUUCAACUGGGCAAUGGGCCAAUACCACUAAUGAUACAACAGUUCUUGACGUUUGGGGUGAGGAUAGUGAUCCUUGGGGCGCCGCCGGUGACUCCAAUGAACCGUUAUGGUCGAGUGCUGACCCCACCUUACUCCCGUUAUUGGGGCCUACGACGUUGCCCAUGACCCACCGAACUGGGAUGGUGGAGUGGAGUGUACGCAGAGUCAAGAAGGUUAUACCGCCUGACUUGUCGACUGUGUCCAUACCCGUUCAACCCACCGAGGUGAUAGCUUGCGACGAACAAUACGGGAACCCAUACGCCGUGGAGUCCGAGCUUUCGCGUAAAUUGUAUCGAGUGGAGAUGGAGCCCUGGUUGGGAUGGGGAGACAGUUCACAGGAAGAGGAGGGUGUUUUGCCGAGAAUCUUGGAGGCGUCGAGAGGGCAGGUGAUUGUUCAACGUGGAGUUGUUUUUGAAGGAGCGGCAAAGGAGAAAGUGGGCGUUGCGAGAAGGAGGGACGAGGGUAUGGACGUUGACUCCCCGAGCGUCUACACGUCGUCCUCCGGAAUACGACCUUUCAAUGCUCUGGAGGAUACGAUUACGGUGCUUAUGGAGUCUUCGAGCGUCGAGCAUCUCCGUGUUGGUAUGGGCCUUGGGGGAACAUGGGUGCAACUCCUCAGAAAUGGCGAUAUCGAAGGCGACUCGGGUCUCAUUGGAAAGUCCAAAAAGAAAGGGAAAUGUUCUUCCGGUGAACGGUUUUGGUAUGUAGACGAGCUGAUGGUUACCCUCACCAGUUACCACACCGUCUAA